AUGGCCGACUUUCGCAGAACUGGUCGCAAGAUCAUCGCCAUCGGCCGCAACUACAGCGAACACGCCAAGGAACUCGGCAACGCAGUCCCUACUGAGCCCUUCUUCUUUCUCAAGCCAACUUCCUCCUAUAUCACCGAUGGACAGAGCAUCGAGAUCCCUGCUGGUUGCGAAGUCCACCACGAACUUGAGCUGUCGGUGAUUAUUGGCAAAGAGGGCCGAGACAUCCUUGCUGAGAAUGCUGAGGAUUACAUUGCUGGCUAUGCACUCUCUCUCGACAUGACUGCACGUAACAUGCAGGAUAAGGCGAAGAAGGAGGGCAGGCCCUGGAGCGCAAGCAAAGGAUACGAUACCUUUACUCCGAUCGGUGACUUUAUUCCCAAGGACCAGAUCCCCGAUCAUGGCAACGUCGAUUUGUCCCUCCAGGUCAACGGUGUCACUAAGCAGAAUGGCAACACCCGCGACAUGAUCUUCAGCGUUCCCGCCUUGAUCGAGAAUGUGUCGUCGAUUAUGAAGCUGGAGGAGGGCGAUAUCAUUAUGACAGGAACACCAAAGGGUGUCGGACGCGUCCUGCCAGGCGAGACCAUUACAUGCAACCUUACUGUCGAUGGCAGGGUUCUUUCACAGUUGACAUUCCCAGUCAUCGAUCGCCCCACCCCCAAACGCAGAUAG